UUGCGCACGAGCAGGAGGAAAGGACCGGCAAGGACAGAGUAAACCUCGGCAAAGUUAUGCUAAUUUGACAUAGUCUAGUCUAUCUGUGGAUUUCCUGCUAUAUUUGCUAUUCAACAACGGAAAAAAGUCCGUAGUUUGGAAAAUGGAGACAGAAGGAGACACUCCUAGAAGGCUUCUUGAACCUGGGCCUUCUGUGACCGAGAAGAGAGUCCGGAUCCAGUCCCAGGUCGUGAGCAGCAGCGAGGAUGACCAGACCUUCAUCAGACGGCAGCAGCACGCCCUGGGCAUGCUCUCCGUCAUCCAGAGCCUCCAAGACCAGAACCAUCUCUGUGAUGUUGUCCUCUCCGUCGACUCCAAACUCAUCCCUGCCCAUCGCUUGGUCCUAUCAGCCUUCAGUCCCUACUUUCAUGCCAUGUUCACCAGUCAACUUAAGGAGUCGAGACAGGAAGUGGUCGAACUCCAGGGAAUGAACGCUGAAGCCAUCGAAGCCAUCGUGAAGUUUGCCUACCGUGCGACCAUAGACAUCACCGAAGACAACGUCCAGAGCAUCACGGAUGCUGCUUGCGUCUUGCAGGUUGAAUCAGUGACUAAUCUGUGCAGUGACUUUUUGAAGACUCAACUGCACCCAACAAAUUGCUUGGGGUUCAGAAACUUUGCUAGCAUGCACGGUUGCUUUGAGCUAAGUGAAGCAGCAGAUACCUUCAUACAGCUCAAUUUCACCAAGGUUGUGGCCCACGAUGAAUUCCUACAACUCAGUACUAAAGACCUUAUCAAGCUCAUUGAGAAGGACAGUCUAAACAUUGCCAAAGAAGAGGAGGUUUACCAUGCCGCUCUUCGCUGGAUACAGCACGACCUUAACGAUCGGGUACAGCUCAUCGGUGACGUCUUCGAGCACGUCCGCCUCCCGUUGCUGUCGUGGAAGUUCCUCAACUCUCGGGUGAUAGACAACAAACUCCUCAUGAAGGACGAGAAGUUCCAGAAGUUUGUGGAUGAGGCUCGUCGUUACCAUGGCAGCACGUUUUACCCAGGUCUACACUGGGAAGUGAGCCUGAGGACAGUUCCGAGACAUUCCUGUAGCCGGGCGCAGUUCAUAUACGUCAUUGGAGGGGAAGUCUCUCCAAGCCGAAACACCCUCUGCACGGCCGAACGUUACCAGCCCGCCAUCAACAACUGGUCCCCCAUACCGCCGAUGAAACAUUCCAGGCGUGGUGUGGGCGUGGCCAUUGUGGACAACAUCAUCUAUGCCAUAGGUGGGGCAGACUCCACCCCUCUGAGGGACGUCGAAUGCUACGACCCCCAGACGGACAGCUGGCGGAACGUGGCCAAGAUGAAGGUGCCGAGGAGUAGCGUUGCCGUGGCGACGGUCGGAAGUCAGGUGUACGCCUGCGGAGGGUACGACGGGAUGAGGAGCGUGAAGUCCGUGGAACAGUACGAUCCAAACCUGAACGAGUGGAAACACAUCAGAGACAUGCGAACCCAACGUAGCAUGGCCGCGGCCGUAUCACUUGGGGGCUAUCUCUAUGUGAUUGGAGGGUAUGACGGAGAUGAAGAUCUGAAAACUGUUGAGUGCUACCAUCCUUUGCUGAAGGUUUGGAAGGAGAUCAGUCCCAUGAGAGUGGCUCGCUCAAUGACUGCAGCAGCGUGUCUCAAUGAAAAGAUCUAUGUCAUUGGUGGAUGCGAACACAACAAGAGCCUUGCAUCCGUCGAGGUGUACCACCCGUCCACCGACACGUGGUCCCUCAUCAACAACCUGGUUCACCCCCGCAGUGGAGGAGGCGCGGCCAUCGUCCACAACCGCCUCUACGCCAUCGGGGCUACGACGGACAGGACGGGCUCCGGUCUGUCGAGAGAUACGAGGAGGACAAGGACGAGUGGGGCGUGGUCGCGCACAUGGACGUUGCUAGGAAACGGUUUGGAUGCUGUUCUUAGCAGAAGGUGUCGGGAGGUGUUUUCCACGAUCCGUCGAGAGAUACGAGGAGGAUAAGAAUGAGUGGGGCGUGGUUGCGCACAUGGAUGUUGCUAGGAAACGGUUUGGAUGCUGUUCUUAGCAGAAGGUGUCGGGAGGUGUUUCCACGUUCUGUCGAGAGAUACGAGGAGGAUAAGGACGAGUGGGGCGUGGUUGCACACAUGGACAUUGCUAGGAAACGGUUUGGAUGCUGCUCUUAGCGGAAGAUGUUUUCCACUUCUGGCUAUCCAGAGACAAUAUGUCCAAAGUCUAGCAUAUCUUAGAAGUUAUGCACCCUUAAAGGAGGAGUCCACAUUGGUUUGGAUGCUGUUCUUAGCAGAAGAUGUUGUCCACGGUUAUGGGUCUCUGUUUCUCAGUUCAGAAACCUGUGAAGUAUGCCAAAUCAAGGAGUUACCUCAGUAACUCCUGGACUAAACAUUGGACAUAUCUUUUGUUGUUUGCCAGAAGGGUGUUCGAUCUAUGUACAUUUUAUGAGUUAAUGUCCUUCUGGCUCUGGUUUUAGUCACUCGCAUGGAGGUCACUGGGAGACAGUUGGGAUGCCGUUCUUGAUGGAGAGGAUGCGGUGUCCACUAUUGAAUGUCUCUACCUGCAGAAUACUUUAAAGGGGAAGUUCACCCUUGAUAUUAAGUUGGGUUUACUAGAUGCAGAAAAAUGAGAGGAACAGGUCAGUGAAAGUUUGAGCAAAGUAUGUGACAUGCUCAUGAUUCCUGCAAAGUUCUACAGAAUUUUAUGUUGGCUGCAAAAAGGAUACACUACCUUUAAGAUGCCUAAAAUGUUGGACAUAAGGGCAUUAUUAAACUGUUUGUUUAUUCAAUGAUUUAACUCUGUUUUAGCUCAGAGCACUCAGUUUUUUGUUUUUUUUAAUGGAUAAAGGAGCACUAAAAUAUUAUUUAGAAAAAUACUUAUGUAUAUCAAUGUAGUACUAUUUUUAUCUUCAGAUUAGAGACUUUUUCUAAUCUUAUUUUUGUAUUUGUGUGUUAUAUUCUUUAUCAAAAGAAAGAUAAAUGAAAAUGCAAGAAAGUUGGACAGCUGUGCUUUUAAUAUGGUAUUUGUUUAAGGAGAAGUCCAUUGUGUAGGUGAACAGAAGCAAUAAGGUUUCUUUUUCUAGCAGCUCAACAGCGAAUAUUUUGUUUUAUAGUGAAGAUUGAUUCGGUAGGUUUAUAAAAAUGAUUGUGAAACAAGUGAUUUAAUUUAAUUUGAUUUUUUUUGCUGCAAAUUCCUGAUUUGCAUAGCAAGAUUUCUUACCAUUUAUAUUCCCAAUCUAAUGGAAGACAUUUUGACUCCGUGAAUCUAUCAUUGUCAAGGUUAGAUCUUGCAAAUGUUGAAAAUGCGAUAAAUAAAAUUGUUGUCUUUGUAUCAUGCUGCUA